GAACAAUCGUUUCACUCCCUCGGGAAUGGUUUUGUGUUGAAUUGAUUCUACAGUUCCUUGAAAAAAAAAUGACAAGGUGUUUCAGUUUAACCACAGCCAGAAACCAGCGUUACAGAUCAUCUUUCAUCAAAGCAGGGCUUCGAUCCACCACCACUGACCUCCAAGAUGGCACCGUCAUGCACUGUUGGGUUCCAAAGACCCUCGAAGACUCCAAGCCUAACCUCCUCCUCAUCCACGGACUGGGUGCCAACGCUAUGUGGCAAUGGGGUGACAUCGUCCGUAAGUUUAUCCCUUCCUUCAACAUCUUCAUACCCGACCUCAUCUUCUUCGGGGACUCGUACACGACUCGGCCUGAACGCUCCGACGCAUUCCAGGCUCAGUGCGUGAUGCGAGUUAUGGAAGCCAACUCGGUGAGGAAACUCAGCCUGGUAGGCCUCAGCUAUGGUGGGUUUGUUGGGUACAGUUUGGCAGCGCAGUUCAGUGAGGCUGUUGAACGAGUGGUGAUAUGCUGCGCCGGGGUUUGCAUGGAAGAGAAAGAUUUGAAGGAAGGGGUUUUCAGGGUAUCUGAUUUGGAAGAAGCUGCUCGGAUUUUGGUACCCCAAACGCCUGAGAAGCUCAAGGAACUCCUGGGUUUUUCUCUGUUCAAGCCGCCUCCUUUGAGUUUGGUGCCUUCUUGUCUGCUAGCAGACUUCAUUGACGUUAUGUGUACGGAGCAUAUUGAAGAGAAGAAAGAGCUGAUCCGAGCAAUACCCAAAGAUCGGAAAUUUUCAAACAUUCCCAAAAUAAACAAACCCACGUUGAUCUUAUGGGGAGAACAUGAUCAAAUAUUCCCAUUGGAAUUGGGUCACAGGUUCAAAAGGCAUCUGGGGGAUAAUGCUCACCUCGUUGUCAUCAAGGACGCGGGACAUGCUUUCAAGUUUGAGAAGCCCAAGGAAUCUUACAGGUAUUUGAAAACAUUUCUAGCUGAUUUGCAGGAUUUGCAGGCUCCUCCGUCGACUCCAUGUCCCAUUCCAAACCAUGAAAACCGUAUUUCAUCUUGCAAUGGAGCAGAGAAGAUACAACCUUGAAAUUGAAGAGCAGACCGCCGAGGUUUUGUGUUUUAUUACACCUAUCAGAAAUAUCAAAGUUAACAGAGAGACGCAGAAUCUAUUAAGCUAUUCAAAGGAGAGUUCCUCAUUCUUCUGAGCAUCGGAUGCUUAUUUUUGUUGGAGGAAUCCAUAGUACGAAUUCUUGCCAGGAAUUGAUUCUUUAGUAAAAUUCAUCUUCCACAAAUUAAUUUCAAUCAUCUCUCCUGCAUAUGGUAUCAAUCUGUCACCAUUUCCAAACAAUUUAAUGGCCAUAGGGAGAAUUAUCUUUACUGUUGCA